AGCGGCCGCUCGUCGAUCCGACCGGGUGACGUGACGCGAGUGUUAUCGUCGUAUGAGUCGUAUCUCGAUCUGCGUUCUAGUUCGGCGCACCUUCCUGUCACUUUCGUGAGGAAACAGCAGUGUGUCAAGACAAACGGAACGGAACAACGUCGCAGACAUGGGCGAGAAGACUGAGCACAUCGUCAUGACGCCAAAGUGCAAGACGGCGAACUCGACGACCCUGAUAAUUGAGAGACAGGCACUGGAGCCCCCGACGGAGAACGGGAACGAGAACAACGUCCACGUCGCUGGGGGUGAUCACAAAGGGAUUGUCAUCAACAAGCAAGCUGUAGCUGUGACAAAUGGCGAGGUGCAUCCUGCCCAACUGUGCCUGCAAUUCAGAGUGUUCCUGGUGAGUGCGCAAACCGGGAAGCACACGCAGGAACAGAGGACUCUUCAAUUCUGGUUCGUCGAUACCCUCGCCGAGGUGGAACAGCCGAGCGUCGCGCAAGAAUUUUUCAGAGAGCUUGUUACACCGCAGGAGUUUCCUAGAGAUUACGUGGGAUUUAUUAAAAAGAUAAUGAAAUUGAUGCAACAUAAAUAUCCCAGUAUUAAAAAAUUGGAAGUGGAAUUGAGGCACGUGGAAGAGCCGAUCACCCUUCCAAGCAGGCCAUCUACUGGUCACUUACUAUUCACACUUCCUCCCUCUGAGAAAGUUAUGUGGAGAUCAGUAUCUACAGACGAAACCGUUAUGGGUCAAGUGCGUGAGCUAACAGUAGAAAAAGUUCUGGAACUUAUUGAAUCUGCCUAUCCGAAUCCAGUCACCGUGGUUGACAUCGCGAAGGAACAUGGAUGGGAACCAUCAGCUGUGGAGUCUAAAUUAAAAGAACUUCAAGAGAAAGGGCUUGUUAAAUCAAUGGAUCAUGGGGCUUUCACACGUGUUGUCCAUGAAGAUACUCAAGUCCAAGUGGUGAAGCAGAUGCCAACGAUGGCAAGUGCGAAACAACCUACCAUAGCUAUCAUUACAGCUCAAUAUUGUGAAAAACUUGCUGUGGAUUCGUUGAUCGAGAACAAGGAAACCUUCGUUCGCUACACCACUGUUGGUACCGCAAGUACACCGACAGACACGACAGACGGGAUUCCGCGAGUGAUAUGCCGUUUUGGCGAAUCAAAUGUAUAUACUUUGGGCAAUAUCGGUACGCAUCGGAUUGUGUGCACUAAAUUGCCAACUGUGGGACACACCAGGGAAGCAAUGACCGCAGCUGGCAAUACCACUACUAGAUUGUUAGGUACAUUCCAAAAGGUGGAUUUCGUCUUUCUCGUUGGAGUUGGUGGUGGUGUCCCUCAUUAUACAGAUUACAAUAAACACGUGCGAUUGGGCGAUGUUGUGAUAUCGCAUCCGACGCCGCUCAAUAAGCAAUAUACGUACGUUUAUUGCGAAAGUGCCAAGAUGAACGAAAGUGGGAACUAUCAUUUUGAGACCAAGGAGUAUUGCCCGCCAAAUCUCGGUCUUCAAGAAAUUGCAGCGACUCUCAAGAAACAGGCUGAAAACGAAGCGUUUCCGCCGUGGCAGACGUACAUGAAAGAAGGUCUGCAGAAUCUGGUCAAUCAAUCGGAACAUGAUUUUAAUGCUCCACCACCAGAAUCUGAUAAACUGUACAUGGCUAUUGGAGAGAGGGAUGUCAUCGAGGUAUCUCAUCCAAUCGCUCCUCAAGACUCCAUAAAUAAGAGAACUGAUGGAUGCUCCCGAAUUCAUCUGGCGCCAGUAGCAUCCGGCCGACAAGUCGCACGAGACGAUCAACUUAGACAAAAGUUUGCGACCCGAUUCGGCGCGCUCGCAUUCGACGCGGAAAUGGAUGCUGUCGUAGAGAGUAUCUUGGGCAAUUGCCGUGAGAAUUUCGUUGUAAUUCGCGGAAUUGCCGAUUACAAAGACGGUACCCGUAUCAAAGAAUGGCAGCCUUAUGCGGCGCUGGCGGCAGCCAGCGUAAUGAAAACUAUAAUAUGUGCUAUGGAUCCGCCGACUAAUGACUAAUAUCGCUACUGAUCUAAUUUUUUGUAGAACAAAGGAUGAGGUCUAAAAUCAAAACAGUGGAUAAGCGUAUAUUGCACAAAGUGCACAGAAAUAAUUAAGUAACUGGCUAAUUUUGGUUAGGUUCCUUAAUUAAUACUUAAAGUUAAAUAGAAGGUUGCACAAUAAUUUAUCUUAUGGAAUAAUCAACGCGCCGCGCUCAAAUUUUUGACAACUUUUUUAGUGCCAUUUUUACACGCGCUUAACAAUAUUUUUUUGAAAAAAUGUUUUUAUUCAAUAUUAACGUCGAAAUCAAGACAGUCAAGUAUUUUCGAGAAUAUUGAAAACAAAUAUUUGACUGUUAUUGGUCAUCUCCUAUUUGAAUUCUACUUGAAUUUUUUAUACGUCAAAACUCGAAAAGAAAAUAGUGCCAUCAUUAUUUCCUAUACGUGUCGCAUAAUACAUUGCAAUUUUUGCAGACAAUUUUUUCUUUGCGAAAAUAAAUUUACAUUUGUGUUAGACGUAUGAUAAGUAGGGUAUGUGUUACGAAUACGCGCGGCGGGCGCGUAUAUGUUCGACUUUGAACACCAAACAAUCAGAGGCAACAAAGACUAAUGACGCUUUAAAAGAUCAUUCUCUAGAUAGGUAAUGAAUUUAAUAGUGACUUUGUCUCUAACUUAAUCUAAUAGCGCUACUGUUGCAUUCGUACUUGCUAUGAUUAGGAUGCGUAGACGUUGCACCAAGUCAAAACGAGAUACCAGUUAGGCAAAUUAUAAACUGUUCUAGUGGUAGGUAUAUGACAGACGUAACUGUGGAACUGAAAGUACACUUAACAGUAUUUACCAAAUCGAAAUGAACGUGUCGUUACAGUAUAUUGCUGGAGUAAUUAUUAAAUGUUUACCAGAGUAUAUAUUGACGUUUUCAACAAAUAUAUAUGCAUUCUAUAUUCACACGGUAUACAUCUAUGAGGAUCAAAAUGCAUUUUUCUCAAGUUCUAGAUUACAUGCGAGAUACGCAACAAAGAUUUCUAUUACAAUGUGCCAACGUGUUCAUAUUGUUCAAUUCACUGCCCUUUUAAAAUCUGGAUACUAUUCUCGCAAGAAAUUUUCGAGACAAAUUUUCCGUGCCCUUAGAUAAAAUUUCAUUGGUAUACCAAUUCUUUCAAUAAUAAAGAGAUUCUACAUUUACAGGGUAGUGCACAAAAACAUAAUAUCUAAAUAUCAAAUUCAAAUAUGGACCUAAAGAAUAGAAAAAGAUAUUACUAUACAUAUAUAACAUAUGUAUGUGUAAAUGGUGAAAGAGGUCUUGAAAUUUUAACAUAAUUCAAGAGUAACAUAAAAACUACAAAAAUACGAUUAAUUCUAGCUAUCUUAUAUAGAACAUAAGAAAAAUAUUUAUAUUUAUUUAUUUUGCUUUUAUUCUCUAUGAGUUUUUAUUUGUUAGUGCAAAUCGUUUAUUUCGUUUGUAGCUCAUAUGCCGUGCACGCAAAUUUCAAGAGACUAUCGAUACACGUAUGAAAUCUAUUUUGAAAAAUUAUUUUAUUAAUACGUGUGUAGCAAAGACAUUAAGGAGAUUCGAAAAUGUUAAGAAUUGCAUAAAAUUUAAAACAUAUAAGCUCUUUUAUAAAUAAUUUCUAUUAUAAAAGAAUUAUUUAUAAAAGAGCUUAUGUUUUAAAUUUUAUGCAAAUCUUAACACAUUUCUGACUCUUCUUACAACUUCCUUAAUCAACAUUAAAUGAUAGGAAGACUUAAAAUCAACACAAACGACAAAAGCCACUUGUUGCGUAGACGCACAUAUUUAAAAUUCUAUCAAAUAUAGAGAAUGACUACAUGUACACAUACAGAUAUAUGAAUAUAUAUAUAUAUAUAUAUAUAUAUAAUAAAUAUAAAAUAUAAUAUAUAUUUAAUUCGGGGUAUGCGCGCGCGGAUUUAUAUAAUAGAACUUUCGAUUGAUUUAUCUUUUAUGACGACAGAUUCCUAUUUUAGGCCUAAUAUUAGUUAUACGUAAAAUUCCUCAUAUCAGUUUUAAACUUAGGAGCUUCGAGCUUCCACGUGCGCAUUCGUUUUUGCGUUAGUUUUACGCGUUUUCAAUACUAGUCGCAUAACUGUGUUUUCUACCUGUAUUUAUAUUUGCUACUUAUUAGAUUAUAUGUCAUAGAUAGCUAAUAUAAUAUACGAGUUCUUUCACGUCAUUAUUUAGUUUGUAUCUUAUAGGGAGAAGUCGUUUGUAUGUCAAUGUCAACUUGAAUGUCUACUUGAUGAAUAGCAUAAGUUAUUAUUUGAUGAUCUUUUAAAUUACUUAUAUUAUUAUUAUCUUGAAAUUUUGAGUAUUUAAAGCAGCUUUUAAGUGUCUAGAAACUUUGAAAAUACAAGGAGAGCUGGAAAUAUUAAAAAUACAAUAUAUUGAAACGUUGAUAUCUUGGCAUUUUUUUUCUAAGAAGGAUCAAUGUUUCAAAUUUUUAGAGUUUUUAUUUUGAUAUAUUUUCAUAUUAAAAAAAUGUGCAUUUUACGUUGCUAUACUUAAGUACGUAUUAAAUUAUUUAUUAUCUAUUAUUUAAAAUAUUAAAGAGCGUCACAUUACUGUGGCUUCCGGAAUAAAAUGUGUAGUUUGCAUCUGUCCGUGCGUAAAUCAGUCUUCCGAUAAAUGCAAAGCUUUAUUAUCGAAGUCUGAAAAUAAAAUCUUGAUUGAACUUGGGCUGACUGUGAACCUAGGUGUAUUAAUACAGAUAUUUGAGAAAUGUCUAUUACAGUGACGUGAAGAAAAAUACUUUAUUCAAUUCACAUGAUUUAAUUAUAAUUAUAAGGUGCAAAAAUCUCAAUAUGCAUAACGAUAAUACUAUUUAACGUGCGAAAUGUCUACACAUUGUACUUUCUUCGUCUCUACAGUGAUUUGCGAAAAUGUGAAUAUUUCGAUAAAACUCGGACCACGGGGCAUUUUCAUUUACAGGCGAUGAUUCGAAAAUCCGAACGAUAAAUAUAUCUAAUGGUAGCUGCACGGUGUUGUGUCCAUGGGAAGUAGGAUAAGGCGCGGUAUUUAAUCUGCUUCACAGCAGAAAGGGAGCUGUGAUAAUUCCAGUACGUCUUUCGUGUAAAACAGAUGGACGUAAUGUCGGCCAUACGGCCAUAGGAGAACGAUCGAUUCGGCGCUCGUCGAUUCUGUUACUGGAACUUGUGCACCGCAAUUUACAUAUUUUGAAGAUGGAGUGUAAUGCGUUAUUAUCAUAAGAACGUAGAUAUAUGUGAAUUUGAUUUAUAGAGCGUGCGUGUAUGGCGAUCGGAGAUGCAUCUAAAUCAUAAUACGUAUCUUAACGCAUUGCAAAUAGUUGAGCAUUUAUUUACACUGUAAUGUCAUUUCUUCAUUCCUUUGUUUCCUUGUGAUGAAAUGUUCCAAGAAUAAGUUGUACGCGAGUGCAUUAUCAAAUAUACGAUCAAUCGUUAA